GUUUGGUUUCAAAAUCGUCGCGCCAAAUGGCGGAAACGUGAAAAGGCAAUGGGAAGAGAAACGCUUCCCUAUAUGAACCCCGGAGACCAGCACCUGACAGAAUACGGCCUGCAUGUCCCACCAGUGAACCUCCAUUCGAUGUCCAAUGACCACUUCUGGCCCUCGAUGUCGUUUGCGCCUAUGUUCAACCCGUCUGUGGGAUUCCCCUGGGCUCCCAAGAACCACGCAGUUCCAAACUUCCACACCUUCUUGUCCCAAUACGUGUUGGCGGGGGGAGUUCCUCAUUUCAGCCUGCUGAACUCUGCUGUACCAGAAGAGAGAUCUUCAAGUUCUAGUCCGGAAACCCCCAGUCCUUCGCAGCUAUCUCCCGCUGCCUUGGAGGCCCUCAGGGCGAGGACGCAGGAGAUCCUCAUGCAGCCUGAAUCGCCCAAAAAGUUACAAGCAAAUUCGUAG